GUCAAGUUGACAUAUCACCGAUUCACCACAACAAUCAAGGGUGGCGUUAUUUUAGAAAUAAAUAAACAUUUAAUUCGUUAUGCUUUAAUUUGUCUUUAGAGUCGUGUUCAAGUAUUAAAAGAAUUAACUUUGUUAUCCUCUACGAAGACAUAUUUAUUUGUGUGGAAUAUUUUUGAAAAUAUCAGGGUGUAAAAUAACCCAUAUCAAAAAAGACUUCAAUCUAAGUAAUAAAAUUAGGACCCUUUUGAUUCAAGUUAUAUAGAUAGCAGUAUGGCUGACGAAUAUGCUGCAGUUAAGCGUGGAAAAUUAAUUCUGAAAGGAGACAAGCCUAAGGCCAAGAAACGCAAACAUAAGAGAAAAGAAAAUUCAGAAGAUUCAAAAGUAGAUGAGGACUCCAUGAAACAUGGUGGUUGGUGGAAGGUUGAUAAAAUUGAAGAUAUAACCGGCUCAAUAUCCAUAGAGUUUGGCAAUAAUUCUUAUGUGUCAGCUUUGGAUAAUGGCCUUUUUACUCUUGGUGCUCCACAUGGAGAUGGGGAAGGUCCUUCUCCAGAAGAAAUAUUUACUGCAUUUCCAGCCGGAGAGAACAAAUUUGCUUUGAAAUCUGGGUAUGGCAAGUAUUUGGGAGUAGCAAAGGAUACUGUGGUUGGGAGAUCUGAUGCAGUAGGAGCUAUGGAACAGUGGGAGCCUGUGUGGCAGGAUGGUAAAACAGCCAUCCUGAGUUCUUUAAACAAGUUUAUGUCUGUGGACCCUGAAGACGAUGCAGUGGUUGCUCGCACUACUUCAGCUGGUGUAAAUGAAUUUUGUAACAUCCGCAGCAAUAAGACUAAGGAGGUCAACAAGUCUGUACUUCCUGAUGAAGAGCAGGCUGAUUUAUCACAAGUUGAAGUUAACUAUGUCAAGAAGUUCCAGAAAUUCCAGGACAAGAAGCUGAGGCUGAAUGAUGGCAGUAUUUCAGAGCUAAAGAAAGCUAAGACAGAAGGAAACCUGCAUGAAACAUUAUUAGAUCGUAGGAGUAAGAUGAAAGCUGACAGAUAUUGUAAAUAGACUAGUUUUAUAAAAAUAUAAAGCUGAUUUUUUCAUUUUUCUUUUACUUAUUAGACAUAACAAGUUUACAUUUACCAACUGAGAACUCAUGAUAGAAUCUAGUGUCUAAAGGAAACACAAUGUUAGCUACAAAACAAUAAAACUACAAAAUCAUUAAUCAAAUUCGUUUAAUUAUAGCAAUAAGUAUUACACAAGUUACAAUGAAAAUCAAUGGUAAACAAAACACAAAUCACUUUCGAAUGUUUUUAUUUAAUUUCUCAUGUAAUAAGUUCCGGUACAUUGGCCUAAACGAUUUGCGAUAAAUUUAGAAUACACUGUAUUUUACAGAGAAACCAUUUACUUAUAAUCAGAUAAUUUGAAUAUGCUACCUACAUGUCUUAUAUAAAAACGAUAUCUACACCUAAAUCUAGUGUUAGACUAGACACAGACCUAGUCUAUUGGAACAUGAUUUAAAGUGGCCUCAGUGGUCCAGUCUAAAGUAAUGGUGUAUAUUGGAUUCUAUUAUAGUUGGUAUGUGAGUGUGCGGUAUCAUAUCUGGCGUGUUUACAACCCUUACUUAAACACAUUAAUCACUGGUCACUAUGUUUAAGCUAAAGUUUAUUCUGUACAAUUUUUAAUCAAGGUAAAUACUCCACCUAAUUUAAAACGAAAUAUGAUUUAUAAUAUAGAACUUUCAAUAUGUAAUAUAUUAUUCUCAAAUCUCAAUUGAAACUAAAAUCGUAUAUUUCAAGAGUCAAUUUUUAUUUUAUUAUAUUUAAUUUUAUUUUCAAUGAAAUUUCGGAUAAUUUUCCUUAUCGUAAUUUGAUGCCCUUUAUUAGCUGAAUAAUUAUAAAAACACGCUAGAUAUACCUAUCGCACAAACACAUUCAGAUAAGUUACCCUAUGCAUUGUGUUCAAAAUCAGUCGAAGGCCAUCUGAGGCUGAUACCAGACAAUCGAAGCAUUUCAUUGAAUCGCAAUACGCUAUGGCUAGUCCCACCAAGUAUUGCUUAAAAUAAAUAUACACAUCCUGUUCAAAAGAGUUUUCUUGCCUGUUGUACUGUUUUAUUGCAAACAUAAUAAAUAAUAAAAGAUCGGUGGGCAAAUUUAUAUAUUCAACAUGUGUCAACAGAUUUUGAUGUAUGAGAUUGCAUAUUUAAUAUUUUAAAUAUAUACUUGUAUGAGAGGAGCAUUGCAAAAUCAUAAUAUACAUACAUCUAAAAUAAAUGCUAAAAAUAUACACGUAAUCUUAUGUCUACAAGUUAAUUGGACAAAUAAUACAUACAAAAUACAAUGUAAUGUACUGACCAUUGAUGUAUCAAGCUCCUCGUGUGGUCAACCAAUAUUUACAAACACUGUGAAAUAAUGGUAAUGAAAAAUGUGCAGCAUGCUUUGCAUAAAUAUAGUACUAGGGGCGCGUCAAACGAGAAUUGUUCUAAUAGAAAAGAAAACAAAAAAUAUUGUGUAUAAACAAUACCUGUUUGUUUUAUUCUUUACAAAAGUCGUUACAAAUCAGUUUACAUCAUUCGCACGACAAAACACCCGAAACAGCUCGCAAGAUAUGAAUAAAAAAUAUUAACGGCUCAUACACACUGAAAUGUUCACUCAUUACUAGGUUUUGGCAUGAAUGGCGGAGCGCCUUCUAUACUACCAUUUUUGAAAUGAAAUCAUAUAGUCGUUGUGGCUUCGGAGACAAUAUAACAAGGAGAAAUAAUUGUGGACAUGACUUUAGAAUUAAGAAGCAAGACAAGAGUUCAUUCUAAGUUCUUUAUACACAGUUUCUUUCAAACAGAAUGCUUGGAGUGUCACAUUAUACAUAGCUAUUACCGCCCGCAAUAAACUACUAACAUUAUAAUAAUAAAUUGCCCUGUUUUAUCUGUAAUAAAUUACAUUACAAACCUUUAUGGCUCAAGUAUUUCAAGGAAUUCAGUGAGUGAGCUUGUUAGUUUUUUAAUAACAGUACGAUUUGGGAUACAUCUCGCAUAUUUAUAAUACUUAUAAUUAUGUAGACAUGACAACCUAUAAAAACAUGUAAAAUAAUAUGGAACUACUAAUUUGAAUAACAUUCUAUACUCCUUCACUCUCGGUACCACAUCAAUUAACUUGAUCCGGUACAGUCAAUAUCAAGUCGUUAUAAAAACAUCUUAUUAGGCGUAAUGCUUGAACGACGAAUACUAUACGGCACGGCUCGUUAAGCCGAAGCUUUGCGGCACGAAAAUCCACGCAACGGUCCUACGUAGCAUUGGUUCAUUUUAUCCUAAAUGUUGGCGAGGAACAAAGAGUACAGCACCUAGGCCAAAAGCAUGGUAUGAUUUCGAUUUAACCGCAUUCGUCGCUCACAGAACAAGUUCCUAACCCUUGCACUUGCUUCGUUUGCAUUGGUCAAUAUUGUUAAAGAGAACUGAAGGCUGAAAAAUAAAUAAAACUGAAUUGUGUUUUCUUGUUUCUAAGGGACCACAGUGUCAUGUCUACAUAACCAUUUUACCAGUAGUAUUGGACUUACCAUUGUGUUGUGAGAGAGCACACACAUUCUCUUUCCCUAACUUAGACCUAACAUACCAUUGAUAUAGCCCUUCAUAUCUAAUCAAGUCUUUUUCACUUUCCUUAUAUUGACCAAUUCAUAAUAAGACCUAUCCACAUUGUUAUGAACAAUGUCUCUCCCACUAUCCAUGGAGAAGUGUACAAAUGGA